AUGCGCGGGCGCUCCGCGGAGGCGCAGCGGUCCGCGGUGCUGCAGGGCUUUCCGCGCAUCCCCGCGUGGUUCCGCCGCCUGUUCCCCUUCUCGCACUGGGGCGCGGAAGCCAACGCGGCUAUCACUCCGCGGUUCUUCUCCUGGCUUGUGGGCCCAUGCCACGUGGAAGAAGCCGAGAUUCCCGCUGUUGACGAGGGGGGAUUUCGCAGCGGAGCAGCGGGAGAGGGGGAGAAGCGGGAGAAGGGGGAGAAAGGAGUGGCGGGGAGUGGGGCAAGGGGAGAGAUGGUGAAGUUGCAGUGUGGUGUGAAGAUAGAGAGGUGCAGGUAUCUAGAGACGAGUGGGUGUGUGGGAAUGUGUGUUAACCUGUGCAAGAUGCCCACUCAGCACUUCUUCACACAUGAACUCGGUGUUCCGCUCACUAUGGAGCCCAACUUUGAGGACUUCAGCUGUCGCAUGGUGUUUGGCCUUCCUCCUCCACCCCCAUCCUUGGACCCUGCUCUCCAGCAACCAUGCAUUGCCACAUCAUGCCCUGCAGCUAGAUUAAAUACCAAUGAGCCAUGUCACCAGCUUCAGUGA